AUGGCUUCACUUCGGCCACUUUUGACCACGACUUCUCGCGAUAGGACAAUGGCUAUGAUACCUGCGAAUUCAUUGCGUGGCGGCGCGUUUGCGCCUGCUUCCAGAGUCGAGAUCUCUCUUCUGAAGUACAGACCUCUGCGGCAGCCACAGUUCAACCGCGAUGCAUCCACCACAACGUCAACACCGGCCCAAACGCCGCCAUCAGCCUCGCGAUCCCUUCACUCAUCCAGCACAACCCGCCAAGCAGGUGCAGCUCUCAACACCCAAGCUAUUCCGGGCCCAGACUUCGAGCCAACACCCCCACCCAACAUGGCCAAGGCACCCUUAUCGGUGCUCCCCUUCACCACGAUACUCCGCUCUCUGGCGGUGACCACCAUGUCCUCUUCCCCCGUCCUCCUACCUCCCUCGCUAGCAAUUAUGAGCAUGCUUGCACACACUACCAACCCGAUCCUGAACCCUGACCGCAAUCCUCUUCUGAAACAACUGAUAAAGAAGACUUUCUACGCGCAGUUCUGCGCAGGCGAGAUCGCGCCAGAGGUUAAGGCGACGAUGGCACGUCUCAGGGGUAUCGGGUUCUCGGGUGUUAUCCUGGGUUAUGCUAGGGAGGUCGUCUUGACCGACAAGCAGCUGGAGGGCCUGGCUACUUAUGGCCUGGAUAGCGAGACGGCGGAGGAGUGCAUGCGGAACGAGGUUAUCCCUUGGACCAAAGGAACGUUGGAGACGGUGCGGCUGGCCGAACCGGGUGACUACGUGGCUUUGAAGUUCACGGGCGCAGGCCGCAAGGCCCUCUGGACCCUUUCUCAGCGCCAGCCUCCACCAGAGGCUCUCGCCAGCGCCAUCGACGAGAUCUGCACUCUUGCAGCAGAGCGAGGGGUCAGGCUGCUCUUCGACGCGGAGCAGCAGGCGGUGCAGGCAGGCAUCGACGACUGGACGCUCGCGUACAUGCGCAAAUACAACAACAAGACCCCCGGAAAGGCCGUCAUCUACGGCACCUACCAAGCGUACCUGAAGGCGACACCCUCAGUGGUGUCCGCACACCUGCGGGCCGCGCGCGAGGAGGGGUUCACGCUGGGCGUCAAGCUCGUGCGCGGCGCCUACCUGGGCAGCGACCCGCGCCACCUGAUCCACGACACCAAGGCCGACACGGACGCGUGCUACGACGGCGUCGCGGAGGCGCUGCUGCGGCGCGAGUGGACGGGCCCACUGGCGCAGUUCGCGCCCGCGGACGGCAGGUUCCCGAGCGUCAACAUGGUGCUCGCGUCGCACAACGCCGAGACGGUGCGCAAGGCCCGCGCGGUCCUCGACGCCGGCCACCGCGGCACCGAGGUCGCCUUCGCGCAGCUGCAGGGCAUGGCGGACGAGGUGUCGUGCGAGAUCCUGGCCAGCAGGGACGGCGCGGCCGCUUCUAGCAGCGGUAUCGGCGGCGGCGGCGAGAAGGCCGACGGCAGCUUCAAGCCCCGCGCGUACAAGUACCUCGUCUGGGGCUCCACCGGCGAGUGCAUGAAGUACCUGCUCCGCCGGGCGCAGGAGAACAAGGACGCUGUGCAGCGGACCAAGAGCGGGCGGGACGCCAUGAGGGCCGAGAUGUGGAGGCGGCUCAAGGGCGCCUUUGGGCUGGCUUAA